GUUGAGGCUGAGAUAGCGUCAAAUAUGACUGAAGAGGCAACCAUGGACGUGGAAUCGGAUCGUGUCAAACGGGAAGUCUUUUCAAUAUGCCAUGAAUUUGAGCGUCGUUACAAAUAUAUUGCAAUUCUCAAGCGUUUGAAGUUAAGUGAUCUUCAAGAGUUCUACAGGAAUACGUUCUAUGAUUUUGACAAGCAGCCCUCUAUCAUGAUUCAGGUGGAAGCUCAAACAACUGGAGAAAACACCGAGGAAAUGGAGGGUGCCGAGAUCAGCAAUGCUCUAUUGAAGACCUACCAAUGGCCAAUUAAAAUUGUGCCCAUGACAGAGAGCCAGAUUGAAGCCGAAUACAAGUCAGCAACCGCGGUUGACGUUGGAGAAGCCCUGAAGGCUUGUGCUUCUGAAGCAGUGGCACCUGGUGCUUUCUUGCCCUUCGGAGAUGGCGAGUCCACUCCGAAUGGCAAGAAGGAGGAUUCAGAGGUUAAGGAAUUUCAACUUCCAAAAAUUACUGAAAUCGUGGAUCUUCGGGAAUUUAAGAAGCGUGUUCUCUUUAUGAGCUGA